AUGUGGGUCUUCUACCGCUUCUUCUUCCAAAAACUCGACCCUCUCAUCAUGCUCUGGAGCGGCUACGUUAAUCUCCGCAACGGCUCCUUCUCUUCCUCCCUCUUCUUCAACAAUUCAUCAACACAACACCGCGAUGCCUUUGUCCUCGAGCAAAUGUUUGCCCUCAUGACCACUGUGGCGGCCAUGACGGCGAUGCUGCUGCACUACACAGACGACAUCAAAGUGUGGCGCAUGAUUCAGGUGGUGCUCUUGGUUUGGAACUUCGUGUGCUUGAACGAUACGACUUUUGCGGUGCACUUGGCGGGGCCGUUCGAGAGGGUUUCGAAGGGGGUUGAUUGUAUUUACUGUGUUGAGGUGUGUACAGUUUUGAUCAUUGUGCGGCUUUGCUUUUUGAUGGGUGUUGGGAUUUGGAGGCCAAAGAUUAGGAAUGGAGUCCUGUAUCAGAGGUAG